GUUUAUAAAACAAAAUAUUUUAAAGUACUUUUCCUUUUUAGAUCUACAAAAGAUAAAUAGGAUAAUUUACAGACUAGAAACAAAAAAAACUAAGGGCUUGUUUACAGAGACCCUGAAUGUCAAACACCAAUGCUUCUAAACGGUACAAAAUCGUACUCUUGGGUGAGAGUGGAGUGGGUAAAUCUUCGCUUGCGGAGCGGCUUGUAAAACAGAAGUGGAGUGAGACCCUCAAUAGUACGGUGGGAGCUUCUUUCUUCCGGUACCCAUGCCGUGUUGGCGACGUUGAUGUUUGCCUUGAAAUAUGGGAUACGGCAGGUCAAGAGCGGUAUAGAAGCCUAGCAUCGAUGUACUACCGUGGAGCUGCCGCGGCGCUCGUGGUGUAUGACAUCAUUUCACACGAUACUUUUGAGUGUGCCCUUAAUUGGGUACGAGAGCUGUCGACAAACUCGCCCGAGACUAUUAUAACGUUAGUAGGGAAUAAAAAUGACUUAGAGGAGAGCCGAUGUGUAAGCACCGAAGAGUGCCAACGGUACGCAACCGAGGUAGGAGUGUUUUCCAUCGAAACCAGCGCAAAAAGUGGGAAUGGUGUGCAGGAGAUGUUUGACAACAUCGCCAAAACUUUGGUAGAGGCUAAAAAUCCAAACAGCGUCCGAGAGAGUCGUGUGAUUGUUCCAGAGCAAAGACCAGCUCAACAGUUUAACUGCUGUAAUUAG